UGUCAAGUGGAAUUGGAGAACUGGGUGAACAGCAUUCACUGCGCAUGCGCCGCGGCUUUCGCCCGACACCGGGGCAAAACUGGAACGCUCCACCUCCUCCAAGAGGAAAUCUAUCGCCUGGAGAAAGCCAUUGAAACGCAAAUGUACCAAGACUCAAAAUUGCGCUCAAUGGCCGAGCUUCAAGUGAGUGUGGUCGCGGACUCGGAGACAAAAGCUCAAAUGAAUGCUCAAAUCCAACAGUGGGAGGAAAAUCUCGAGAGGAUGCAUUGCGAACAGUUCAGGUUAAGGUGCUACAUGGCUAGUCUUCAGAACGGCGAACUCCCCAAUCCCAAGAGUUUACUGACACAUGUAUCCAGAGCAACGAAAAGCACACUCAAUCGACUCGGGGUUUUCACUGUAUCGUCCUUCCACGCAUUUAUUUGUGCUCGAUCACCAUCUCUAUUGAACAAUUUGCUUGCUGGUCGAGGUGCUACUAAAAGACGGCCACCAAUGCUAUCGCGGUCCAAUAGCGGGUCCAGUCGGCGCUCAUUCCAAUCGUCACGCGAUGAGCCUGACAAGACUGUUAAAGUGUCUUUGCCCAAUGAUCAGAGUGUUAUCGUGUAUUUGCGUGAAGGGAUGACAGUAGAAGAAUUUUUAGCAAGUGCUUGUAGCAGGAAAAAUUUGAAUCCAAUGGAACACUUUGUCCGAGUCAAAAAGCGUCGAGAGAUGGAAGAUCAUAAUUACUUUGUGCCUCACAGAACAGACCAUAUAGAAACCUAUCUAAACACUCAUGAGAUUGUUGAAGUUUGCGCAAAGAUACUUUACCAGGUAGAAUUGCAACGCACAUCCCUAGGUCAUAUGUGGGGCUUCUCGGUUGAGGCUGAGUUGAUAGAGAAUGCAGACAGACAAGAUGAACUUUGUUGUUACGUCAGUCGGGUUGAAGACAAGAGUGUUGCGAUGCACAACGGUUUAAUCAAAGGGGAUGAAAUUAUGGUAAUUAAUGGUGCAAUAGUGAGCGAUUUAGACAUGAUGUACCUCGAAUCUGUGCUGCAAGAAGAGCUCUCCUUGUGCAUGAUGAUGCGGUCAUCAAGGACAGCUGCACCGGAAGUGACAGCGUCGCAGAUGAGAAACAUAGCAAUGCACACGGAUGACAUGAUUCAGUCAUUAGUCUGCCCCCCACCCCCGUCAGAGCCUCCCAUCAUCAGCGAGGAGAUGAUUUCUGGUCUAAUUGUCCCUGCACCAGGUCAAGAAUUGCACUCGCCAGAAAAAGAAUAUGGGCCAGGGAUAAUCUCAGACAGCAAUGCCAAGCAAACUUCAAGGGCCAAUUCACUGGAAAUAGAAAACUUGAUCAAAAGUGCUGGUGAAGUUACAGGGUUUUGCCGUUCACCUGUGGAGACUCCACGAAGAGCAAGCCCAACGGGUAGCGUUGUGUCAAAUACCAUCUUAACACCAAGUCGGCAGCUAACAGAUGCUGAGAAAUUAAGAAAAGUAAUAGUAGAACUGAUAGAAACGGAGAGGACUUAUGUGAAGCAUUUAAAUAUUUUAUUAGAAAAUUACUUGGAGCCUCUGAAGAAAGAAACUUUCUUGUCCAGCGCAGAAAUCAACACUUUGUUUGGAAAUAUUCAAGAAAUCGUCGCGUUCCAGCGACAGUUCCUACAAAAUUUGGAUGAAGCAUUAGAAGUUGAGCCAGAUUUUGAGCUCUUCCAACAGCCUAGUCAAUUCAAAAAUGUUUUAUUUUCUAUAGGUAGUGCAUUUCUAUAUUAUGUCAAUCAUUUCAAGCUAUACUCCUCAUUUUGCGCAUCCCACUCAAAAGCUCAAAAAGUCCUCCACCCGAACCAAGGGAACCAAGCACUGCAAGAGUUCCUCGCGGCACGCAACCCCAAACAGCAGCACUCAUCCACUCUGGAAUCAUAUUUAAUCAAACCCAUUCAGAGGAUACUCAAAUACCCAUUACUUCUGCAGCAGUUGCGGAACCUAACUGACCCUCAGACGGAUGAACAUUUGCAUCUUGUUGAAGCGCUCAAAGGCAUGGAGAAAGUGGCCGAGCACAUCAAUGAAAUGCAACGAAUUCAUGAAGAAUAUGGUGCUAUUUUCGAUCAUCUGUUCAGGCAACACCAAAAGUCCUGCAAACAGGUGAUUGAUCUGAGUCCCGGCGACCUUCUCUAUUACGGUGGAGUUGAGUGGCUCAAUAUCUCAGACUUUUUAGGUAAAAUCAAGAAAGGCUUAGAGCUGCACGCAAUGUGUUUUGUAUUCAAGUCGGCUGUCGUCUUCUUAUGCAAAGAACGGUUGAGACAGAAAAAGAAACUAAUGGGUGUUGCAAGCAAAAGUAAUUCCAAUGAGGUGGAAAUAAUCCGUUACCAAGUCCUGAUUCCUGUCACCGAAGUUCAAGUACGAGCAAGUUCAGCAAAGGAUGUCGAUUCGCAUUUCCUUUGGGAGUUGAUUCAUCUUCGUAGCCAGCUCCAGCGCCGCUCAGAGAAGAUUUAUGUCCUCUCAAACAGCACAGCUGACUUUCGUAAUGCAUUCCUCAAGACAAUCCGGCAAAUCAUUCGGGAAAGUGUGCGGAAUAUGAGUAUACCCUCAACAAAGCCUGGCUCGUGCACAUCCCUCGUCAGCAACACAGCCACUCUCGGCAGGAAUAUUGCUGUCAGCGCUGGUGCUCACCCACACUCAGAGGGCCCAACAAAAACAACCCCUGGAGGAGUCGUAGUUGUGCAGGGCUCACAUACCCUGGGCAAACCAAGAAAACCACCCAAGCCUCCACAGCGUCACUCAGCUGGAACAAUAGACUACAACAAUCAACACAAACAGCAUCACCAGCAACACCAACAACCGCCAGAACAACACACCCAUGCGCCGUCCCUUUCGACUUUCAGAUCACGUAGCAAGACUGUCUCCGAUGCGCAAGAGGAAGUAGAGGUAAAAAGCUCAAAGCCAGACUUUGAUCCUGGCACAAAAUCAGAAGGAGAGGAAGACAGCUGUCAUCUCGGAGGUAAACAAGGAUCGUCUCUUGGCCGAACGCCAAACCAUUUGACAUUGAGCACGACGUCAACACUCUCCGCAGGCAGCACCGGGAGUCAGGCUAAACUUAUUCAAUCUUCUCAACAGCCAGAAAACUAUCAACCACCGAAAAUUAAAGACCUCGGGUCUCCCGUCUGGAAACCGCGAGAUAUAAGCGAAUCAUUUACACUCCCUCGGAAGAGCAAAGCCGCUUCAACUUCAAACGACCAACGGGCACGCACACUGGGGCGCAAACCAGACCCGUCAAAUCAUAUCGACUCGCCAAAUCCAUGAAAUAAGGCCAGGCUUCGGCCAGGGAAAAUUGUUAUCUGAUCUUGUUGUUUUGUUUGUGUUUUUUUGUUGUACUACAUUCACUGUAUUCGCAGGGAAGCUACACAAGCUAUUACCUUCGUCGCUGUUUGGAGUGUAAUUUUGAAUUAAUUCGUUUCGUCAGCUUUUGCUGGGUUUGGUGCCCACACGCUAUUGGACAUCAUCAUUAGCGGAAAUGAGAAUCAAUGUAACAAACGUCAAGUUUGCCCUGGCUGUGUGUUUAAUUGCCAUUUUGAGGGGGAUUUUGCAUUUAUUGAGGCAGCACAAAGUGUUUGAAAGAGCGCUCCCAAAAUGAGCCAAGAUUUUUAUUAAUCAGGCAACCUGAAUAAAAUAUUACUUGUUCAAGUGGAUGUGUUCUUUUUAGAAAAAAAUAAAGGAAAAAUAACUGUUCAGAAAUAUUUAACAACAAAGCUGCAAGAUGUGGAGACCGUUAUUUUUUGCGUCUUCAUCAAGUAUUCCUGCCUCCAUGUCUGGUAUGAUGAUAGAUUGGACCAAAAAUUUGGAUGCCUCAACGAUUAUUUGCUGACUGAAGGCAAUAGGCUGUCAGAACUUAGCUUUCCAAUUGCACUAAGAGAUGGCUUGUAGUUCAUCCCAUCCUGUAAGAAUUUUUUCUGGAUUUUUCAUUCUUCAAGCUCAAUUUUUUUGGGUGGAUGAGACUUUGCUUUGCUCUCUUGUCACACAAUUGGGGCUCAGCCUGUCAAGCAGCUUAUUCCUUGCUCAAGAUUGGCAGGCCACCAGCUCCAGGUUUUGAUUAUCAUUACAAAUAUGCAAAAUACAUUUUAAACCUCCACGGAACUUAUUCUUAAUACACCAACUAUCUGUCACCCAAUGUGAGCAGUGUCUCUUAAAUGCAUUCACACACUGGCUUCAUAGCUCUGACUAGGGUAAUUAACAAGAAGAAAAUGCUCAUGUGUCGGACUUUUCAAUUCUUUGCGGUUAAAUUCAAUCAUAAAAUUGAAAAUCUGAAAUUCUUGACCACAAUAGCGGAGUAUUCUGUGCCUCUUCUGAGCUAAUGUAUAUGGCUUGCUCCUAAUUUUUGAAGUGAAUCAUGUUUUUACUGGGCUAACUUUCUAAGUAUCUCAAAAUUUAGCAUUGAUUCUUGAUAUCUCUGCUCAAAUAGAAUUUUAUCAACGUUCUGACAUGAGGGAGGCCUUGAUACAUAUAUGUCAGCUAAUUUAAAAGCAACAAUGGCUUCAGUUUUGAGGUAUGCAAAGUGUUUUUUCAAGAAACUAAUUUAUGAAACUAAAACGAUUAAUGAAUGCUCUCCCAUUUGAAGAAGUGGAAUUAGCUCAUUGAAAUUUGAACCAUUUCUUUUGAGAGAGAACUUCUUGUAAGUUACCCUAGAUCUGGUCGCUCAAUUUUUUUUACUGGCAAAAUAAUAGAUAUGAUGUCUCUUUUUUUGAAUUUGUUAUAAGGAAGGUUUCUGAUGAUUUGCAAUGUUUCAAUGUGUCAUCAGAAUAUACCUUAAGAAGGAAGUAUUUUCUUUAGUCGUGUGACUCAUUUUGCUGAUCUCAUUGCACUCGGCUAAGCGUAAUUCUAUUUCUCACUAGUUGAGGUACCAUGAUUUUCUCAUUUAUGAAGUCAGUAACUAUAGCACAUCCUCUCUUCUUUUUCAGUUUUUUAAAGUAUACUAAGAAUUAUACAAAGCAGAAUUUUUAAGAUUUUUGAUUUCAAGAUUAGUUGAGAGUUGGAACUACUGUGUGAAGAGUAAGUAUUUAGCUUCAGAUUUUUGUAAAACACUAAGUGCAAAAUAAUCUAUCGCUGAUAUGCAUCUAAGGUCAGCAAACACACUUGUGAUUUGGUUGGUUGAAUAGUGUCAGAGGUUGAAUUACUAUGUGCUCAGUUCUUGAAUUUUAAUGAACUUGCCUAGAGAAUAAAGAGAAAGAUUGUAUUUUCAGGGCACUGUGUUAGAAAGUUAACUGCUACAACUGAUAAUUAAUAGGUUUUUCACUGAAAUUUUUGGUAUCUCCUCUCCUGAGAAAAAAAAGAGCACUGUUUUUAAAGUUUUAUUUUGCUGCUGAAUUUUUCUAUUCAUUUUUCUGUGCGGAAACUCUGCUGUUGAUGUGCCAAACUUUUCUCUUGCUUCCCAUUUUUUUAUUGUACAUCUUUUAUUUUUCUUCCUUCUUCCAGCACAUUAAAACUCUCUGCUCCUAGAUAGUGACUACCAAUUUAAAUUAAUUAUAAUUUCUAAUUUUUUUAACACGGUGCGGAAGAAUCGAUUUCAAGUUGAUUCAACUUCGCGAAAAUAGCUCAAAAGUAAAUACUAGUCACAUACCUUAUAAAUCUAGUCUUAAUUGUAUCAUGAUCUAUUUCAGUAAGUUAGUAAUUUAUUAAAAUUUAUUACAAAAUGUUAAAAAAGUGAAAAAAAAAAUUAUGAGAUAUUGAGUAUUUUAUGAAUGUACACAACCAUUACAAAUUUAUUUAAAACUUGUAUGCAUACAGUUAUAUAAGUAACUCAGUGAUUUCUUUCUUCCUUUAUUGUUUGAAAUGUUUAACUAGAAUUGGGGAAUUUUUUGGGGAAAAGUUGUUAGGGAGGAGGCCAUACUAGAAAAAUUUUCUGGAUAAUCAAUCUUUCUUUCCACCCCCGCAGUACUUCAAAAAUGUCAUGCUUUUAACCGACUGGAUCAGGUCAAAUGUGAGUAUCAAAGAAUUGUGUUGCCAUCUUUGGGAGACUUUGGAGAGUAGUAGAAAAGCAAUGGCAUUGGUUCAAAUGGAAACAGUUUUCAAUCCUACAAGACAUUGUCUUUUGAAAAAUACAGUAGAUCCUAUCAUCCAUUAGGCACGUUAUGAUUUCUUCUGCCUUGGUUUCUUUGAUCAUUGAAGGAUGCAUUUGCAAAAGUGGCCUCUCAUCGUGCGCUCAUGAUGGGAUCCUUGGUGAAAGUAACACUAAUUGUUGUGUCCUUGCGUCCUUGAUAUGACAUGCACUGUAUUAUUUAAAAGGCAAUAUUUUUCAUAAUCUAUGACUUUGAGUUUUGGCCUUUAUACCAAUGUUCCUACUUCAUGCAUGUCUGUCUAUAUCAAAGGUCAAAAUAUAAUAAUUUAAAACAUGCAAUGGAGCUCUAGACAAGGUGCGAAUUAAAACACUACUCAAGAUGUUUUCUCUCCAAAAUUUCAUGACGAAAACGAAUCAUGCAAUAGGAAGUCUGAAAAUCAACUUCUGAACAAGAUAUAAGUGUUUAUAAUUAACAUCAGUUAAAUGACUUAAAUGGCAAAAAUACAAAUGACGUCAUUUGUAUAAUCUAACGUCUAUCUAAUCUGUGUUAAAAAUAUUUGCUAAUAUCUCGCUCAGGAUUGAUUUCCAAAAUUCCUGCCGUAUGAUCCGCUUUCUAUGUAAGAUUUUGAAGAGAGUUUAUGUAACAUUAAUUCCUAGUUCAGACCCUAUCUAAUAGUUCAUUAACCAAUUCCUAUCUAUGUUGUGCGGAUAUUUGAAUGAAAUUUGUUGAUAUGUAGUCAGUGUAAGAUAAAGCUGUAAGUAUUCAUCAUCAAAAAUCAUGUUUAAACCCAAUUGAACGGAAUGGGUGAUGUAUUUUAUGCAUCACUGAACUGUUUUGCAUAUACUUGUUAAGGUCAAUUCCCCUUUCAUUAUUUUUUGCUGAAUCUUAUUUUUUUGUGUCUAACGGGUCUUUGUAUCUAUACAUGUCUUAAUGAGCAUACACAAACUUCACAUCUCAAAAAUAUGAAAAAUAUUUCAAAAAAGAUACCAUAUUAAAAUAUAUUGUCCUUUAAAUAUUGCGAGAAAAAAAUAGCAAAAAAGCCUGUUUUUUUUUUUGUUAAAAAUAAAUUUUGGAGGAAAUAAUUAAUUGUCGCAAAAAAAAUUAAAUGGAGAAACUGCAAUGUUCGACAUUUUUUCAAUUUAAAAAAAUGCUCAUGUAAUAUGAUGUUAUAUCAAGGACCAAUUAUAGAUUAGUAUCACGCUAAAAUUUCCGAUUCCCAGACAUUUCUAUUCCCCAAGGGUCACAUACCUAUGUAGCAGUUCUGAGUCCUUCCCAAGGAACACAUCCUGCAUUUUUAUGAGCCUGCUGUGCAACGUCUUCAAAGUGCUCACGAGACGUAGUACUAAAGCUCCCAAAUUGUGAUGCAAUUUAUGAAUGGUCCCUCGAUAAGUUGUGCCCCAAAUCGUUGUCUCCUGCAUGCAGGACCGUAUCUUGUCUGCAUUGUUUCAGUAUUUCUUUAAAGGUUUUAUCUUUUCAUGAGGAAACCUUUCCACAAAUUGUUCUAAAAAUUCCAGCGCCUCUUUUUUUUACGAAAGUGAAGAAAAAUCUGUGGAAAUUUUAACAAAUACAUUCAAUGGUUAUCGAUAGAAAAAUAAAAUGUUGGCAAGAAGUAAUAUAACAAUGCAAUCAAUAUGCAUUCCUAUGUACGAGAGACGACAAAAUGUGUUUAAAGUUUUGAAAUUGUUUCAUUGGCGCCGAUUGUUGUGGUUCGAAAGAAAAAGGAAAGAAAAAUGGCAAUGAACUCCAAAUUCUUCAUGCUUGAAGAUUUUUCCAGAUAGCCUUAUUGAAAAAUUCCCCUUUUUGUUAAUAUUGUACAUUGUGUCAGUCUGUUGUUGAAAGAGAAAAUAUAAGAGCAAGAGGAAUCCUCUCACCAAGUGUUUGUGCACUUUUCCUGGAUAAGGAAAGUAAUUGUGAAUGUAUCUAUUAAGUGAUAAUGAAAUUUGUUAGUUGUUCGUAUCGUUUAUUCAAUGAAAAAAUUUAAAGUUGUAUCGCUGCAUUCAUGAUUUAUAUUGUGUUCCAUUUCCUGUACAGUUUAUGUUUUGCAGCAAGAUUUCUAGAAAUAGGCGAAAAACUUCCAUUGGGUGAUGCUACUUGGUCAUUUCGGUCUUUUUCUCUUGGGUAGCAAUUUCACAUCCCUAGUUUUGUUUUCCUAAAAACUGUCUACAUAAAUGGCUCAGGCAUACCUUUCGUAGAUCACUUACAAAGGGAUCUCCUAACCUCCAUUGUAUUGGAAUAUCAAAGAGAUUGAACAAUUAAAAUAAAAAAAAUUCUGUUUUACCUGAAUGAAAAAUUCCGAUUUGUACUAGCCCCCUUCCGCAGCAAGCUCAUUGCAAAUUACAUGGCGGAUAAAAAUUUUGAGUUUUAACAUUUCCUUAUUUAUGACUGGAGUGUGCAGGGAUUUCAUCCCUGAAAUCACAUCCUAUCAAAUCAAAGAAUAUUUUGAUCAGGGUUCUUUUUUCAAGGCAAAGUUGAAAGCUUGCAAAAUGUGGACGAUGAAUUCUACUGUGACUUCCCCUACUGUCUUCAAGUUAUACAGCAUUCAUCCAUACAUCGAUUUGUGGGGUGAACUUGCACCAAAUAUUAAAAUUCAAAAUUUUUGUAACUAUCAAGAGUAAUAUGUCUUGCUGUAGAGUCUCCAGGAGAAAGCUAGAAAAUUGCAGUCUUAUCUCGGGUGGAUAAUGAAGCAUUCAAUGAAUGAAGCUCUUUGGUAUUUUACGGGUUUUCAUUGAUCCUAGCUGGGCGAAAGAGGUUAAAUCCAUACUGAUCAAGAUAAAUCAUUACUAAUCUUUUGGUGUGACAGGAACCACAUGCAAAAACACAUGAUAACAAGGAAAAAAAUGAAUCAUAAAGAGUGAUAGUUUCCGCUAACUGAACCGUUUGAUUGAAAAAGGAUGAUAAAACCAUAAUCCUCAACAAUUAUCCUCAUUUCUAAACAUAAACAUUAUCAUUGCCCCUGGAUUAUCGACUGCUUUUUCUUUAUGUCAUUAUGAAACAUUUUUCAAGAACGUUUUUAUUUUUUUCUCUGAAAGCCACUCGAAGUAAGGGUGUAUAAAAAGUCAGAGUACAUUAAUUUUCCAAGAUGGAUGGGAUGAUUGAGCUACGUCAGACGCAUUCAAAAGCACCUCUACCAGUGAUGUUAUUUUUUUUCUCUCUCUUUUUUUGGUUUGUUUUGUUAAGAAAUUGGUGAAACAGAUAAUUUCUGAUUUUUGGCUCCUUAUGUUUUUUCAUUGAAUUUAUUUUAUACAAAAUUUUCUUGUGAAGAGACUUAGGUAUUCAACAGGAGAAAUUAAAUUAAUGUUGAAAACAAAGCAUGAUAGCUGAAAAGAAAAAUGAAUGUUUAAAAAAUUACAGAGGAUUCACUCUACCGAUCACAAUCAAAACGUAUGUUAUCUUUAUGAAAUAAAUAUUGGUUCUUUUUGUUUGUUAA